AUGACAGUGUUAUCUAGAGAUGAAAUAUUUAAGGCAAUCGAUAGUGGUGAUAUAAAGAUUGUACCGUUUGAUAAGAAUGCAGUUGGUUGUGCAUCUGUUGACCUGACAUUAUCGAAUGAGUUUAGAGUGUUCUCAAAGGAGUGUCAAACUAUUAAAGUUACUGCAGAUACCAACUACCAAGACAUCACAACUAAAUUUAUUUUGAAGCCAGGUGAGACAUUCCUAUUGGAACCAAACACAACUUGCUUGGCCAUCACGGAGGAGAGAGUCGAAUUAUCAACAAAAUAUUGUGGUCUUUUAGAAGGUAGAUCAAGAUUUGCAAGAUUAGGAUUAUUCGUACACAUAUCGGCAGGAUUCAUGAUGCCAAACAUCAAAAAUAGACAAGUAUUGGAAAUUUUCAAUGCAUCAAGUAAUCGAUAUGAAUUGACACCUGGAACAAAGAUAUGCCAAUUUGUAUUUAUGGAGCUUAAAGGUGAAGCAUCAUAUUCAGGUAGAUUCCAAGAGAAUGUACUAUAA